AUGGAUCCUGUCGACGAGACGCACGGCGCCGAGAUGAGCACCGUCGCCUCCCGGGUCGCGUCCAUCUGCGCCCUGGUCGACGUAGCACCGGACGAGACCAUGAGCGCCAGACGAGUUGCCGCCAUCUCCGCCAUGAUCCACGACGUCACGGACGAGACGACGACCAGCAGCAGGAUCAAGAGGAAGCGGAGGCGCAUGGGCAGCGCACGCAGCUACGAGGAGACGCGCACGCUCCGCGAGACUGAGUACGACCUCGUCUCCAAGGCGCGCCACCGCGCCACUGGCCAGACCGUCGUCCUCAGGGCCCUCCAGCCCGUCUGCGGCAUCUCGGUCGGCGUGCUCCUGCACGAGGCCUGCAUCAUGGCGGCCUGCCGCGGCCACCCCAACAUCGUCGCUCUCCACGGCAUGGCGCGCGCACCCGGCACCAGCGACUACUCCAUCGUCACCGAGUUCGUCGGCCCGACCCUGGAACGCGCCCUCCACGACCGCAUCGGGCGCCUCGGCCGCCCGUUCACGGAAGCCGAGGUGCGCGGCAUCAUGCGCCAGCUGCUGUCCGGCGCCGCCGCCAUGCACAGCCACGGCAUCAUCCACCAAGACAUCACUCCCAAACACAUCUUCGUGAGCGGCACCGGGGACGACGACGACACCGCUCUCACCGUGAAGAUCGGCCACUACGGGUCGGCGAUGUCAACGGCCGAGCCGGACGCCUACGACAGGUACAGAUUCGCCGGAACGUGGGAGUACAUGGCGCCGGAGACAAAAGUGUGGACGGACUAUGGCACACGCGUCGACACCUGGUCCCUGGGCUGCGUCAUGGCCGAGCUCCUCACCGGCGAGAGGCUCUUCGAGGUGGUGAAGGGCUUGGCAACCAACCAGCUCUACAAGAUCUUCGACCUGCUCGGCGUCCCAGGCAAGAAGGCGUACAGGGAAUUUAAGGCGCCCAGCACGGACGAGUUGGUGGACCUGUGGCGGCGAGAGCAGCAGCAGCGAGCGCAGCACCGUAGCCGGCUGCGGGAAAAGAUCCCGGAGAAGACGCUAUCUAAGGAAGGGUUCGAGGUUUUGAAGGGGCUCCUCACCUGCAUCCCUAGCAAGCGGUUGGAUGCGGCCGCCGCGCUCCAGCUUCCCUGGUUCGCGCACACCGAACACCAUUCUUCGGUUCCGGUAGUUGCUGCAGAAGUUUCCAAGAGCGGUGGUGCGGCAGCGGGCAUCUGA